CUUCUGCACUUAAACCCAGAGAGCUGCUGGCUACAGACGGAUCCGCGUGUCGCCCAGUGAGCGUCCUUCUGACUGCCGUCCUUCUGACAGUCCUCCUCCUGACAAUCGUCCUCCUGACAGUUCUCGGCGUUCAGUCUAGUUAACAGUGUAUGUCCUGCUGGUUCUUUUAUAUGAUUUUACAUUGAGCAUGAAGUGCCUGGUCGGCUUCCUUGUUUCUCUGGCGUGUCCCCUCUACAUCGCCACCAUCCCGGCUCCAGGGGCGGCGGUAUCUCUGGCGGCGGUGGAGGACGCCCUCAUGAGGAGGCUGUUCCUAGGAUACCAGCGGUGGGUGAGGCCCAUCCAGCGCGCCAACGACACUGUCAGGGUGCGCUUCGGACUCAAGAUCUCCCAGCUGGUCGACGUGGAUGAGAAGAACCAGCUGAUGACGACAAACGUGUGGCUGUGGCAGGAGUGGAUCGACUACAAGCUGCGUUGGAACCCAACGGAGUACGGAGGGAUCACCUCAAUCAGGGUUCCCUCAGAGAGCAUCUGGCUCCCAGACAUCGUCCUCUACAAGAAUGCGGACGGCCGCUUCGAGGGCUCCCUCAUGACCAAGGUCAUCGUCCGCCACACGGGGGCGGUCACCUGGACGCCACCUGCCAGCUACAAGUCGGCCUGCACCAUGGACGUCACCUUCUUCCCCUUCGACCAGCAGAACUGCUCCAUGAAAUUCGGCUCGUGGACGUACGACGGCCAAAUGGUGGACCUGGAGCUGGUGGCGCCCCAGGUCGACCGCCGCGACUUCUUCGACAACGGCGAGUGGGAGAUCCUGAACGCCACGGGGGUCCGCGGCAGCCGGCGGGACGGCGUGUAUGGCUACCCCUUCAUCACCUACUCCUUCAUCCUGAAGCGGCUGCCGCUCUUCUACACGCUCUUCCUCAUCAUCCCCUGCCUGGGCCUGUCCUUCCUCACCGUGCUGGUGUUCUACCUGCCGUCGGACGAGGGUGAGAAGCUGUCGCUGUCCACCUCCGUGCUGGUGUCGCUCACCGUCUUCCUGCUUGUCAUCGAGGAGAUCAUCCCCUCCUCCUCCAAGGUCAUCCCGCUCAUCGGGGAGUACCUGCUCUUCAUCAUGAUCUUCGUCACGCUGUCCAUCAUCGUGACGGUGUUCGUGAUCAACGUGCACCACCGCUCCUCAACAUCCUACCACCCCAUGUCGUCCUGGGUGCGCCGCCUCUUCCUGCAGCAGCUGCCCCGGAUGUUGUGCAUGAGGGGCCACACCGACCGCUACCACUACCCCGAGCUGGCCCCCGAGAGCCCCGUGCUGAAGCCCCACCCCGGAGGCCGGAGAGGGAGGAGUCCGAGAGGGGGGGGGGACCCGGGGGGCCCUGCAGAGGGGGAGGGGCCUUGGGAUGACAUGCUGAAGACGGCCACCGAUUCUGUGCGCUACAUCAGCCGACACAUCCGCAAGGAGCACUUCAUCCAGGAGGUGGUGCAGGACUGGAAGUUCGUGGCCCAGGUGUUGGACAGGAUCUUCCUGUGGGCCUUCCUCAUUGCGUCCAUACUUGGAACCAUCCUCAUCUUCACCCCAGCCCUACAGAAGUUCCUCUCGUCUCCUCCUCCGGUUAUGAUGAGGGAGGAGCCACCCUCCAACUGAGGAGCACCGGCAUAGCACUCGUCUACGCCCCCAAGGGGAUCCACGUUCAGAAGAACCAUCUAGAACAAACCGGACACCAUCUAGAACAAACCGGGAGGAGCACGGCGUCCUCGGAGUCUGCCCCUCGUUACAGUUUGAGUCGACCCUUCGGUCCCCUUAGGACCUGAUCUCUCAUGUUAAUUUGGUCCACAACGAGCUGAAUGGCAGCUAAGUAGCCUUGUGACAAUAUUAUUGGUCUGUUUUACAGUUUUAGAACACUAGCAGAUUAUAGGACAAACAUUACCUUCAGGAAGAUCUUUCUCUGUUGUAUAAAAUAUAAUGCAAUAGUUGCCAACGCUUAUGUAAGGCACUGAAUAAAAUUUGACUUCUUGUAUUAUGGCAAGAAGAUAGGAAGGUAUAACUAAAUUUUAGCUAGUUGCUAAAGGUAUCAACUUAACGUAAUUUAUACUAAUAUAUAUAAGACAACACCUUUGAUUUGCAGUUUACAAUUUUUGUGUUGAAACAUGAAAUAUAUAUAUCAUUUUUGUAAAGUAUAACCUGGAGUGCUGCUGGUGUUGGAGUAUAGCUCAAUUUAAAUGCCAGGUACGUCAUGAAGUUUAGGAACAAGUCCUUUGUCAUUAUGCCAUGCAAGCAAUCUUUCAUCAAUGUUUAUUGCAGUUAAAUAAUAAUUCCUGAAUAACCCACAUUUUAGGUUACAAAGGACAAAUUGACUACUGGUAAUUAUUAAAGUUUUUCUCAGUCGCUUUGGUACAUUACUCAGAUCAUAAUAAAAAAUAAAAAAUACAUGAUCAAUCUUCACAUCAUUGUGUCACUUGUGCACAUCAAAAAAGCAGUUUCUCAUUUAUUUGAAUAAGUUGCAAAUGCUUUGGUACAUCCAUGCAAAUGAUUAUGUACAAUUCUCUGCUCUUUCCUACAUUAUCAAUGCUUAUGUCAUGUUGAUCAAAAUGUAUUAAUUGGUCUCUAUUGAAUAGUCAACAUUUAGGCAUUAGUUCAUUGCAUAAGUCUUUACAUGCAAAGUGUUUGAACAAGUUGUCAUAUGUCCACAUUUCCAUUAGACUUUUUUUCUAAAUCUGUCUUGAAUUGGUAAAUUGCUACCAGGUGAAUCUUGACUUUCUCUAAAGAAGGGACAUUUGUGAAGUGUUACUAAAUCAACGAAUGGUCAACCAGUUUACUGAAAUAGCUCAAAGGGGCAUCUCAUGAACCUUGAAUUGGCAAGUGUAUAUAUAGCUGGAGCACAACACAAUGUUACAUUGUCUGACAAUGGAAGUACAAGGAAUUGGACGGGGUCAACAGCCAGAGAGAAAAAGAAGUGGAAGAUGAGUGAGGCUGCGUGAGAAUGAGAAUUUGUUUCCCAACAGACAGGAACGUCAGGAGGUGUAAGAAGACUGCACUGUAAUUCCUACAGCAAUGCAUGUACAGUUUACCCUAAGGAGAUUUUCCUAUGUUCACAUUUCUAGCAAUGACAUGGUCUGUCAACAAAUUACAGUACAAACAGUCAAAGCGUAAAUGAGAAUCUUGUCCAGUCUCUUGCAAUCAAUCUCCCACAUACAUUAAGGUGUAAGUUACAAUUUACAAUAAUUGUCUUCAAAACUUUGACCAUAGUUUACUUCAGAACAUCCCUCCAGAGUACACUGUUAUAUUGACAACAUGACUAAGCAAUUUGACAGUCUUAUCCGUACACAAUGACACAAGGACUUGUCAUUCUGAUGGCACUGGACUGUCAUUGACACAUAUAUUUACUUUUGAGAGAUGAACUAAGGAUUUUUAGCAAGAGGCUGUCUAUUGUAGGUUAUCCAUGGUGUUUUGCUAUUUGUACAAAUUGUUUUGAGAAAUGCACUUACUGUUUUGCAAAUGUUGAGGACGAUUCCAUUUUUUUUUUACCAAAGCGACUGAGGUAAACUGUAAAACAUUUACCAUAUCAUUGUUUGGGUCCCCAUAUAUCCCCCAGAGGGGAAGAUAGACAACCAGCAGAACAGAACUUAAGCACAAUCAUAAUCCAUCUCGUCUUUAUUUAUACUCUUUAUACACUGUUCACUCUCUCCCAGUCUGACUGUCAGAUGACUGUUCACCGGCUCCCAG